CUUUUCCUGCUCCCCUGAUUCCUCUCUUUUCCCGCUCCCCUGAUUCCUCUCUUUUCCUGCUCCCCUGAUUCCUCUCUUUUCCUGCUCCCCUGAUUCCUCUCUUUUCCUGCUCCCCUGAUUCCUCUCUUUUCCUGCUCCCCUGAUUCCUCUCUUUUCCUGCUCCCCUGAUUCCUCUCUUUUCCUGCUCCCCUGAUUCCUCUCUUUUCCUGCUCCCCUGAUUCCUCUCUUUUCCUCUCCUCCCAGCCCCCCUCUUAUACUGAGAAUAGAGAAGGAACUGGGACGCAUCUGGACAACUGGAAAUUAAUCUGGAGAGACACAAGUCAAUCACACUAAGAUUUACGAGGGGUGUGCCUGCCUGGCUGGCACAGCAGCAAAGUUAAUCUCUAAGUGUGCACAGAGGGACACAUCUCCUUAACAACAUGCAGCAUUGACAAAAUACUUUCACUCUCCUGGUUUUCACAGCUGUUGUGGACUCCACCUGCACCCACCUCUGUUUCUAGAUGCUCUGACAUCUCUGAAUACCGACAAGGAGGAAGACCUGUGUCCAGCAAGACCGGCCAGCAAGAUGGAUGAAUUCUCUACCAGCAACACAGACGGGACAGAGACAUGUGCCAAGGAGAUAGAUCAUGGGACUGUGAGGCCCAGGGGCUCACAUGGGGACCAGCAGAGAGUUAAAGUUAAACUCCAGUCUGAUAACACAGAUGCACCGCCACCACUACCGGAUAAACAGUCCAGCAAUGGCUGCGGUGCAGUGGAGUCUCUGGAUGCUGGAUCGAGGCAGAGAGAGUGUGUGACUGUGCCUGCCAGUAAACCUUCGGGUUGCUGCUGUAACGCAAGCCCCAGGAAGGGCCUUGGGCCUUGUGUACUGUGCUGCAGCCAGAUCACAGACGUUUGCAAGGACCCUGACAGUAACACUGCAGUCCAGAGAGCAGUGAUUUCACCUCAGACGUACACAGCUGAUAAAACAGGAUAUGUUACACAGAGCAUUGUAGGUACUGUAGUGCAUCGCGACACAGAUGUACGCAGGAGUGUCAUGGAGUUGGAGUCACAGGAGUUGUCUCCUCUGUGUAAUGCAAGGACACUAUCAGGUGGGGGCAGUAACAAGAACUGGUUUCAGGGCUUGCUCUACCCUGGUACCUCCUUAGGUUAUGAUAGAGGCAAGGAGGCUGUAGGGGGCAAGGUGUCAGGCUCAGAAUCCUCAAUGUCCUCAGUGCCAUCUUCCCCAGGAGUCACUACGGGCAGCUUCGCCUUCUGUCUGGUGGAGGAGGUGACAUCAUCAACAGUCGCCGACACCAGCUUUGCCAAUAGACUCAGAGAUGGGCACAUCAGCCCAGAGGGCAAAGCCAAAACUAAAAUGUGCUCUAUAUUGGCACUCCUUCCCACCAGCCCUCCCAAAAGCCCCACGGCUUUAAAGAUGGCCUCAGACAAUGGGUUAGGAUUUGACUGCGAGACUGAGGAUAACUUUUCAUAUAAUACGCAAGAGCGUUCGACGGUCCUGGUCCGUAGGUUCUUGAGGGAAAACCAGAGGGUGAAGAAGUCGAUGUGUACAGGAACCAGGGCUAUCAUCAGGACGUUACCCAGAGGGAGGAUCGGUGAGGAGGCGUGGAACACUGUCUGCAGAAGGGAGCCCCUCCAGGUGUGGGAUGAGGAUGACCACCAAACUUCUGGUGGAUACAGCCGAUUGAGUGGAUACAGUGGAGACAGUUCAACCUCUCAGAGUCUACAUCUGCAAGUGUGUAAACUUCUCCUUGGAAAAACAGGAGACUUGUUAUUUGAGGCAUGCCAUGCCCUGAGUUCUGAGGUAAGGGUGGCCAGUUCAGGAGCUCUACUCCUGUCUUCCAGGAAGCUGUUGUCGUCUGCCGACAGGAGGGGUCUAUGUCGCAGGAGGGCCACAUUGCCAUGGCUAGAAGGAGGAGGGGAGUGUAGCUACCGAGCAACCCUACAGAGGACUGACAUUUCUGCCUACAUCUCAGGGACCCUCCUGGAAGUGGUUCUGUCCAUCGGCAACACGGGCGUCAACGACUUCUCUCCUCCCUGUAUCACCACAAGUCCCUUGGGCUGGGCUGUCCUGAAAGAGCGUCAACUGCACUCUCCCAUGGUGGGAUCCAGCGUGGUGCCGGCGGCUCCACUGACGGAGGUCAACAAGGAGCUGUCUGACCUCCAACCCCUGGUCAGUUUCCCAGAGGAGAUGGCCUACAUCCUCAUGGAUCAGGAGCUGCAGCUCUACAGCCGGAUCCUACCCCUGGACUACAUCUGCUUCCUCACCCACGACCUGGGGGGCCCUGGCCAGCCACAGCCCCAGGGGCAGACACACCAACCUGGACAACCCCAUCUUAUGGCUGGCUGCAGUCGGCCGCACAACGCAGUAGAGGACCUAGUCACAAGAUUCAACGAGGUGAGCUCCUGGGUGACCUGGAUGAUUCUGACAGCAGGUUCUAUGGAGGAGAAGAGAGAGGUGUUCUCAUGUCUGGUCCACGUGGCCAGGUGCUGUUGGAACAUGGGAAACUACAACACUGUCAUGGAGUUCCUGGCUGGACUCAGGUCUCGCAAGGUGCUAAAGAUGUGGCAGUUCAUGGAGCAGUCGAACAUCGAGACCAUGCGUGCCCUGAAGGAUGCCAUGGCGCACCACGAGACGUCUGCAGAGUACAGGAAGGUGGUCUCGCGUGCUCUCCACACCCCGGGCUGCAGGGUGGUGCCCUUCUGUGGGGUCUUUCUGAGAGAGCUAGGGGAGGCCCUGGAUGGAGCAGCUAGCCUGAUCAACCUCAGACCACGCCUCAGCUCACAGGACUCUGUGGAGUUUGUCUCUGACUACAACGGACAGGACAACUUCCUGCAACGGGCGGGGCCAGAUGGGCUCAACCAACCAGAGAAGGAAGCAACCAUCAACAACAUCCUGCAGACCAUCCGUAGCUGCAACCGCAGUAUGGAGUCUGAGGAUUGGGAGGAGUCUGGAGGGUCUGGUGACAGGAGUAUCACUGGCUCACGUAAAAACUCCUUCAAGGAUGGCAACCACAACCAGUUCACCGUGGGCGAUCUCUCCGAGUCUGCGGGUGACCUAUCUGACCUAUCACAGGGCAAAGACCCAGACUUCCAGGGUAUGGGUAAGAGGACUCAGAAGGCCUUUGCCCAUGGUACAGAGCUCAUGCCCUGGUACGUCCUCUCCCUCCACCCCCACGUACACCACUUCCUCCAGCAGGGCGCAACUGUGAUCCACUAUGACCAGGACUCCCACCUCACCGCCCGCUGCCUGCUCCAACUCCAACCCGACAAUUGUAUCCUCACCUGGGCCAAGCUCCACUGUGAGGGCCUCCCUGGUUCUAGCCCUGGCCCUGACUCCUCAAAGCUCCGGAGCCCCACUGGGUCAGGGGCUGGCGGUCAGUACUGUGGGAUGCUCAUACUGAACAGCCUGGCGGAUGGAUUCCUGGAUCUCUCCGUGGCUAAAGCUGUCUUCAUGGGCCAUCCUGGGGCUGACGUUCAGGCGGUAUGCCUGCAGAACAAGCUCUCAUCUGGGCUGAGCCUGGAGGAGUGUGGGGUGACUCUGCUCUAUGGGCUCCAUACAACAGACAACAGGUUAUUACACUUUGUGGCCCCAAGAAACACAGCUAGGAUGGUGUACGCUGGGCUGCAGUCCCUGUUAGCUGUUCACAGGAGGAUGAGGAGGUUCCCUGACCAAAGGUUGCAGUGGCUCCGGAGGAAGUACGUCAACCUCUAUCAGGAGGAUGGCAGGUACGAGGGUCCAACACUAGCCCAGGCCAUCGAGCUGUUUGGGGGCAGGAGAUGGAGUGGUAGCAUGGAGAAGUCUGGAGCUCAGAAGAACAGCCAUCUCACUGUGACCUCCAAUCAGAAGACGGUUAACUCCAAUAAAAAGAAAAAGAAGGUUGGGACCAGGGGGGACAGUGGGGAUGCCACAGAUGAUGACAUGGUGUCACAGAAGGUGACGAGCGGUUGGGAUGUCCUAGGGCGGAAUGCACCGGACCCGAAGGACAACAUGGACCAAGACCAGGAAGACAGCAGCUCCUAUGGUUUCCCUGGGCCUCUCUCCUCCUCCACCAGUAGAUCCAUGGCCAUUAGCAUCUCUUCCUCUUCCUCAGCCUCCAAUCACAAAGCUCAAACAGGUAAUAGGUCAAGUCAGACACUAUCUAGCCGGGGUAAGAGCCAAUCAAAAAGCUUCCAGAACCUCAUGGUAUCAGAUGGCACCAUGAGCUUUACUGAGUUUGUUGAGCUCUUCAAGUCCUUCAGUAUCCGGAGUCGUAAGGACCUGAAGAAAGUGUUUGAUGCCCAUGCUGUGUCCUGUGGUCAGUCUGCCUCUGAGACUGCUCCUCUCUACACUCACCUCCGCAUCGACGACCGAGUCACAGGAAUACAGCCAGAUCUGGACCUUCUGACACGUAAUGGCCUGGACCUUGGUCUUUCCAUCCGGAUCAUGAGACACAUGUCAGACAAUCAGAAGCAUAUUUCAGAUGCCAUAGCUUCUGCCAGCAUCGUGACCAAUGGUACUGGCGUAGAGAGUGCCUCGCUGGGAGCUCUGGGCAUGACCAUCAUGCACCUCAACGACUUCCUGGUCAACUGUCAGGGAGAGAACCACUCGCAUGAUGAAGUCUUAAGAAUCAUCCAGACAUUUGAACCGUCUACCACUUUGCAUCAGAUUGGCUGGAUGUCCUUUCAGGGAUUUGCCCGGUAUCUGAUGGACAAGGACAACUCUGCUUCCAAACUGGAAGAGUCUCCGCUGAAUGUUGAAGAGCUCCAUUACCCUCUGCCUUACUACUACAUCGCUACAUCACACAACACCUACCUGACCGCCCACCAACUCAAGGGAGAGUCGUCUGUGGAGCUGUACUGCCAGGUGCUCCUCCAGGGAUGUAGGAGUGUUGAACUGGACUGUUGGGAUGGAGAUGAUGGCAUGCCAAUCAUCUACCAUGGACACACCCUCACUACCCGCAUACCCUUCAAGGAUGUGGUGGAGGCAGUGAACCGCUCUGCCUUCGUGACCUCUGACCUACCUGUGAUGCUGUCCAUAGAGAAUCACUGCUCCCUGCCGCAGCAACGCAAGAUGGCCGACAUAUUCAAGACGGUGUUUGGGGAUAAGCUGGUGACAAAGUUCCUGUUCGAGAGUGAUUUCUCGGACGACCCACAGCUGCCAUCACCAUGGCAACUGAGGGGGAAAAUCCUCCUCAAGAACAAGAAGCUAAAAGCUCACCAGACGCCGGUGGACAUCCUCAAACAGAAGGCUCACCAGUUGGCCCAGAUGCAUUCUCAGGCCAGUAGUGUGAUGCCUCCUCCCUUCCCAACCAAUGAGGAUCAGGAGGAAGAAGAGGACGAGGAUGAAAAUGACUAUGAGUAUGAAUCACUAUCCGAUGCUGACGCCCUGGCUUUAUCUACUGCUUCUUCUCUCCCAGAAGAUAAUAUCCUGGAGGAUAGGCCUGAGGGAAAGUCUCUUUCAGGGGAGAAGUUACAGACCAAACACAGUGACGAAGUCCCCAAGAAGAUGAAGAAAUGCGAGGACAAGGAGUUUGUCCUCCAUUCAGGAUCCAGCAGACGUAGAAAUACAAAAGAGCUGGAGGAAGAGUUCAAGCUGCCUCGAAGCAAGAAGGAAGGACGUCAGAUAGCCCAGGAGCUCUCAGAUCUGGUGAUCUACUGCCAAGCUGUCAAAUUCCCAGGUCUAUCCACUUCCAGGGAGAGAAAAGAGAGACAGGAUGUUCUUUCUCCUAAAGGAAAGGGAAGGAGGUACAUCUUUGGGAAAGAUCCAGAGAAAGGUGUUCCAGGGGACCCAUCGACAGUGAUGCGCACCCCAGGGAGAGGAGCAGCAUCGGAGGGCCCCCGUCCCAACUGGGAAGAACCACCUACCUCCCCUCCGUACACCUGUAAUGCCUCCCUCAGCUCCCUCAUCCACACCCCAAAGUGUUACCACGUCUCCUCAGUCAAUGAGAACGCCGCCAAACGCCUGUGUCGCCGCUACGCCCAGAAGCUGAUCCAACACACCAGCGACCAGCUCCUGCGGACCUACCCAGCAGCCACACGUAUCGACUCCACUAACCCCAGUCCCCUACUCUUCUGGCUGCAUGGAAUACAGCUGGUCGCUCUCAACUACCAGACCGAUGACCUUCCUUUGCAACUGAACGCCGCCAUGUUUGAGCCUAACGGGGGUUGUGGGUACGUCCUGAAGCCCCCGGUCCUGUGGGACCCCAGCUGCCCACUCUACGGACACUUCUGCCCCCUGGACAGAGACCCAAGGGGGAUGAGCCCCGUCCUGUUGUCUCUCACUAUUAUCUCUGGUCAGAAUCUAUGCCCAGGGACUAUAGCAGGCAGUCCAUGCAUCGAGGUGGACAUCCUGGGGAUGCAGGCUGACGGGUGUCACUUCCGCACCAAACCCGUCCACCAUAACCCCCUGAACCCCAUAUGGAACCAGAGCUUCCACUUCCCCCUGCUCAUGGCUGACCUGGCCUUCCUACGGUUUACCGUGGUGGAACACAACAGCUCCCAGACCACCGCUCAGAGAAUCAUAUCACUCAGAGCACUCAGGACAGGAUACAGACACGUGCAGCUGAGGAAUCAGCACAACGAGGUCCUGCCAGUCUCCAGUCUGUUCAUCUACAGCCGUACAUCUGAAGACAGCGGAACAGCAGGCUCACGGCCUGCAUCAUGGCUCUUCAGCACAGAGGAGCGUAGGGCUGCUGUGCAGUACAGGGUCACCGUCCAUGGAGUCCCUGGGCCUGAGCCUUUUACGGUGGUGGGUGUGAGUGAGAGGACCACUGCCAGAGAGCUCCUACACAAUAUCCUUCCAUCCCUCUCCUCCUCUACUCUAGUCUCCCUCUCUUCUUACUUCCUGAUGGAAGAGAGGGUGGCAUUGCCCCGUGAGAGGGGGGAGGCUCAGGGUGAGGUUCGGGGUGAGAGGGGGGAGGUUCGGAAGCCUCUCCUGCAGAGGACGAUCAGGCCUGAGGAGGAGAUACUCAGGGUUGUCGAGAGCUGGAACCCUGACGAAGGCUACCUGGGCAGAGUAUGCCUCAAAACGAGAGAAAAGCUUGUGAAUGACGAGAAGCCAGUUAUAGAGGAGAUGGAGGUGAGCUGUGGACUGGAGGACGAUUCCUUUCUGGUGGAAGUACAUGGAGUGUCUCCUGACCAAUCACCAGUGACCCUCAGAGCUCCCAGGCACAUCACAGGCAAUGACCUCAUCCAACAGACACUGAGGAAAGCCAGACAGUCCAGCCUCCUGCUGUCAGCGGGCAACGCCAGUGACUACAUUCUGAUAGAGGAGGUAGUCAAGGAGCCCCUGGGGCGCAGGCUCCCUGCCAGACCCACCCAGAGGAUCCUUCUGGACCAGGAAUGUGUAUUCCAGGCCCAGGGGAGGUGGAGGGGACAGGGGAAGUUCAUUCUCAGACUCAGGGAGCAGGCUCAGGGAAAAGAGCUCAGCGUGAAGACUGUUUCAGACCUGUUCGCGAGGAUCGGCGGAAAGGAAUAUCGUUGGCGAGCGAGUUGAAACGACUGACAGGCCGGAGCCGGGCCGUAUGGAUCGAGGCUCACGCCUGCUCUGAGGUGGUGCACAGCAAGGAUGAGAGGGCAGUGUGCUGUCUGCAUCUGAGUGAGACCAGAGAGUGACGUUAGUGGUUCUCCUUCAUACCUGUUCUACUACACACACAGUGUAUUCAUAGUGAAUUAUAGGAUCUCUAUGUCCAACUCAUAGAGAUAAAUAGAGGACUCUAGUGCCCAAAAGCCUGUUUUAGCAUGGGCAGCGCCAUGGAGGACUUUCACAAUUUUUAAGUAGUCAACUGGGUGGAACUUCCUAUGGGUUAAGGAAGGAUCACACAAUUCCAUCCAGGUCAUCAGGACGGAUCAGCCAAUGAAUUAUACCAACAUUCCAUAACUGCAGGUGGCAGCAUAUUGCCAACCUUGGCUUUAUACCUGUCCAGACAACACACUUCAGGUGGCAGUAUGCACCCCUUUCAGUUUGUUUACCAACUCAUAAAGUAGUAGAAGAAGAAAAUGGAAUACUUCAAAAUGGAGACGGCGCUGCCUAUGGUCUCAUAGAUGCCAUAAUAGAACAGAUGCAGUGUUGCGCCCUCUAUCUAACUCUAUGGUCCAACCCUCCCUUGAGUUUCUCUAACUAACUCCAUGGUCCAACCAAAUCCAAGUCUACCGCAUAACUUACAGCUAAACAACCUCGCUAGCAUCAUCAUUUGGGGCAGAGAACCAACUAUUCAAUUUGGAAUCUGGGAACCAGACUGAAGUGUAAAAAGUAAUCUCUUAUGUUCUCUGUUAUCGAUUGUCCAAUUGAGAGUAUUAUUGUAUGCUUGUAAUAUAAUGUUUGUGUGUUUAUCUCCCUUCACACACUCUAAUUAAAGAUAUACAAGAUGGGCUGACACUGGGAAGAUGUGGAAUUGGAGCCGUGCAACUCCAGGGUGUCUGAUGUGAUUUGGACCAGGCAAUAAGCCUAAUCUACGUCUACUUAGAGCUGGAAAUGGCACCUUAUCAGCAUGUGAAUUUAUUGAAGACUUGCAUUAGUUCCCCAAGCAAAUGCCUAACGAAAAUGGGGAGAAUCUUAAUUGGAUUUCCUUGCCACCUUUUCGAGGAGAGGAGGCGAGGAGACCAGGAAAUAAAUUAACUUGUCAUCAGGCAAAUUACAUUUACAGAGGUGGAAUCACAUUGUCUGUUAAAAAGAGCAGGAUAAAUACACAUGUAGCUAGAGUCCAUUCCAUUCUCCUGUCCUUGUGGAACGCAGAAGACCCAGGUUCGAAUCCAGUCGGAGAUGAAAGACGAACACACUAACCUUAGGACAGACCAGCAGAUGGUGAUAUUGUGCUUUCCGAUGGAUACAUAAGACAUCAAUCUGGCAAGUUUGAAGUGGCUGGAGGAAAUGGGAAGAAUCUCAAUUAGAUUUCCUCGCGUCCUCUCCUCGCCUCCUUUGAGUCGAGGAGAUGAAAACAGGAAAUAAAUGUGCUUGUCAUCAGGAAAAUUAUGUUUAGAGGUGGAAUUCCAAAAUACAUGUGGCUUAAAAAUGCUAGUUGUGCUAGACAUUUUAUAGAUAAAAGGAUAAAUAAGUACUGUAUCAUUUUUAAAUGUGUACAUGCUUUUCCCCUCUGAGAAAAUAAUAGUUGUUUCAAAGGAGGUGUGGCUGAUUUCAAAACACUUCUGCGGUAGGAUACACCCGAGCAUCCUUCGCCGGAGGUGGCAGUCGAGGAGAGGAGCCAAACUCCUUCGUUGACCUAUUAACAAAUUGACACGCUCCAACAUAUGCCAACCCCUUACUGGAUUCCGGGUCACAGAGGAGAGGAAGGACUUUUUCCCAAUUGAGAAUCUCCCAUGGUCAGACUCAAAUAAUCAGACAAUUUCACUAGUCAUCCCUCAAAACUAAUUUCUACAUUAACGUCAAAUGUGUUUAAAGAAAAUUCUCUAUUUUACAUUACUGCUGGUGUACAAUACUGCGAACUUAUUGUGAUAUUAGUAUAUUAAACAUUCCCAGUGCUA